GUCGGGAUAUGUAGUCCGCUGUCAGCAGGUUGAAGGGGGCGUGUCCUCGGCUCGGUUGGUUUGGGUCCCGCUGUUUCCGCUCCGUGCGUCACACAUGGAGCCCAACAUGGCCCCUGCGAGCCGGGCAGUUGUUGUGGUGGGGCUGACAGUGCUGUACCUGAGCCGAGCCAUCCUCUCCACCGAGUAUUUCUCCACCCUGACGCUCUUCAACAGCGAGCUCCACAAACAGGGCUGCAGCUCGCUGUCCGACUGGGAGGAAUACGCGCAGGACUGCGAGUCAUCCAUUUUGCAGUUGGAGGACCCAGAUUGUGAGGAGGGCAGCAACCCACCCUGUGAAUCUAUCUUCUCCCUCAAUGCAGAGAAGAUACUGAAUCAGGCCAAGCUGUUUAUAGAGCAGAAAAAAAUCCCCUUUCCUGUAGAAAACCAAAACACGAAUGAAGAACUGGCUAUUGGCUAUGUUCUCAUUGGUAACGGCCUUUACGAUGAAGCCAUUAAGCACUUCUCCCUUUUAUUACAGAGUGACCCAGAGCUGGUCAGUGCCAUCUAUGGGAGAGGAAUAGCUUAUGGCAAGAAAAGUCUGCAGGAUAUAAAGAAUGCAGACUUGGCUUUGUACGAGCUCAACAGAGUCAUCACCCUCGAGCCCAACUGGCCCGAGGUGUACGAACAGAGGGCCGAGAUCCUGUCUCCUCUGGGCCGGAUCAGUGAGGCCCUGACAGAUCUGACCAAAGCCAUAUCUCUACAGCCUUCAGCUCGUCUAUACAGACACAGAGGGACGCUGCUGUUUAUAUCUGAGGAUUAUGUGGCAGCCAUGGAGGACUUCCAGCAGUCUCUAGAACUGAAGAAAAACCAGCCAAUUGCCAUGCUCUAUAAAGGCCUUACAUUCUUCCAUAGAGGGCUGCUCAAGGAAGCUAUUGAAACAUUUAAAGAGGCACUGAAGCUAAAGACUGACUUUAUUGAUGCUUACAAGAGCCUUGGACAAGCCUAUAGAGAGUUGGGUGAUUUUGAGUCUGCGAUGGAGAGCUUUCAGAAAGCUCUCAUGUUGAACCAGAAUCAUAUUCAAUCUCUGCAGCUUCGAGGAAUGAUGCUGUACCACCAUGGGUCGCUACAAGAGGCUAUAGGCAAUUUCAAGAGAUGUCUGCAGCUAGAGCCAUACAAUGAGGUGUGCCAGUACAUGAAAGGCCUCAGCCACGUGGCCAUGGGGCAGUUUUACGAAGGCAUCAAAGCUCAGACCAAAGUGAUGCUGAACGACCCGCUCCUGGGACAGAAGGCCAGCUCUGAAUACCUCAAAGUCAAAUACCUCAGAGAAUACUCGCGCUACCUGCACUCUCACCUGGACAUUCCAGUGGCUGAGUACAAUGUAGAUCAGGAUUUACCAGGAAACUUUAAGAACCACUGGGCUAAAAACCUGCCUUUCCUAAUAGAGGAUUAUGAAGAGCAGCCAGGACUGCAGCCACAUAUCAAAGAUGUGUUACCACAAAACUUCGAGAGUUACAGCAAUGAAGUGCAGAAGUUAAUCUGCACUGCUGACCAUCUGGGGGCACUAAUGCAGUAUGACACACCAGGUUUUCUGCCAAACAAGAGAAUACACAGAGCAAUGGGUCUGGCAACACUAGAGGUGAUGCAGGCCAUGCACAGGACAUGGAGCAACUCAAAAGUACGAGUUAAUGGCAAGACUCGACAAAUGCAGUGGAGAGAUAUGUUUGACAUAUCUGUCAAGUGGAGGAGGAUCGCCGACCCAGACCAGCCGGUUUUGUGGUUAGACCAGAUGCCAGCCCGAAGUCUCAGCAGAGGUUUCAACAAUCACAUCAACCUCAUCAGAGGACAGAUAAUCAACAUCAGAUACUUGGCAUAUUUUGAUAAUAUCCUUGAGUUCAUUAAAGACCGAAUACUGGUUUACCAUGGUGCAUACAACCCUAGAGGACUUCAAGAUGUCCGGCAUGCUCUUGAGAAUGUCAACAAAGUAGAAGAUUUACUUCCUAUAAUGAAGUUUAACAGUAAAACUAGAGAUGGCUUCACAGUCAACUCCAAAGUUCCUAGUCUGAAAGAUCCUGGGAAAGAAUAUGAUGGCUUUACGAUCACUAUUACAGGAGACAGAGUGGGGAACAUGUUAUUCUCAGUGGAGACACAGACCACAGAGGAGCGGACACAGCAGUACCAGUCUGAAAUUGAGUCAAUUUACAAAGACCUGACGGCCAAAGGGAAAGCCCUCAUGUUGUCUACUGAGCUGGGGGAUGCAGAUGCUGUGUGUAACCUCAUCCUGUCAUUGGUGUAUUACUUCUGUAAUCUCAUGCCCCUCUCCAGAGGGUCCAGUGUGGUUGCCUACUCUGUGGUGAUGGGUGCGCUCAUGGCCAGUGGCAAAGAGGUCACAGGAAAGAUUCCCAAAGGAAAGCUUGUGGACUUUGAAGCCAUGACCACAUCUAAUCCAGGCAGCUUCAGUAAAACAGCAAAAAUGUGGUUGAACCUCAAAAGUUUGCCCAGCUGGUACCAGAGUCUUCCAUCUGUAGCAGAGACUUUCCCUUCAACCAGAACCAUGAUCGAAGUCCUUAACACAGACUCGUCCUCACACUGUCCAAAGAAAUCUUAAUAAUACAGUACAAACUGUACACAUCUAAAGAGCAGCCCAUGAUAAAACACUGGACUAAAUGGACCUGCUCCUCCUGUAACCCAAACUAAUUCAAUACUCUUUUGAUUUAGUGUGAUUGGGAUGUGACCUGACCUACAGUAUCACAAUAAGUUUUAUUAUCAUUGUCAAAAUUCACAAACUAAGAACACACUUGCACUAUUACAUCAAGUCCCGCAAAUCACAUUAUCCACAACACAUUUACAGACUUUUAUAGCUCUAAGCAAACUACAAAGGUCUCCAGUACAUCUGUAAAUUACUUUGAAAUAAAUAUUUUAUAAUGAACACUUUUUAUUUUAUAUUAGUGGAUAAAUUAUUCCAAACAAGGCUACAGAUUUUUUUUUGUCCAUGGCCUUCUACUGAAAUAAUCAAAUAAUUUAAGCAUUCAUUAAAAUGACCAUAUAAUGUUCAACAAUUAAAUGUUACAAAUUUAAUUCAAAGAACUGUAGUUAAUCAACAGAAUCCAUGUCUAUUUUAAAUAUAUUAGUGACUUUUUUCAAUACAAUAAUAUGGUCUUCUGUAAAAUUAUUGAGCACAAUUUAUUUAUAAUAAAAGUAUAAUAGAUGCCAUUUAAAAGCUGGUAGUUUGGGAUACAGAAGUGAGCAUGUCCAGCCCUCUCACCUCUGCGCUGCAUCAAAAGCACAACCUCAAAAAACUUGUCUGUCUGUAGUAGCUUAAUUUAAGACUUGAGUUUAAAAAGUCACCGACAACUGGUCCAGACUGGGUGAUACUUGUUUUCAUUUUACAUUUGUGGUUGUUUUUGGACCACAGAUGUUUUAACUGCUUUAUGACUGAUUUUGGAGAGGAGAGGGAGGCUAAAUGUCCUACAGGGCUCUUCCACUUUGGAUACUUGAAGCAUUUUGUUUAUUUUUUUAAAGUUUUAUCACUCAUUGUGUUGGAUUGGAACUUGUUUUAAGUUAUAUGAACACGAAAAGGGACAACAGGAUUUUGAACCCAAGUAAAAAAAAAAAAAAAAAAAUCACAUUCACUACUUUGUUAGCUGUUCUUAUUUUACCAUAAAUGACAAUGGCAUAAUGGCAUAAAAAGGGCUUAUUCUGUAUUUUAUUGAUCAUUGUGUGUCUGCAAUCUGCCUGACCAUUUCAGCCUUAAUUCCCAAAACAUCUGAAUCAUUUUUAUUGGUCAAAAAUCUAAAUUUUAAGUAUUCAGAUUUUACAUUUAUCAUUGAAUUUAAUCAGAUCUGAUCUAUAAUUUAUUAUUUCUGUGGCCACUUGGGUUGUCUGACUGUGAGUUGGACGUGUUUUGGAAUGUGAAAUGCAUAAUAUGUUAUGUAUUACAUCAACUUUCGAGAGAUUUUAUGAGUGAUGAAUGAACAAAUGUCAUGUUUAGUCAAUAAACAAAUUGACCUCUAG